GGGCGGGACGGACGGAGGGACAGACGGACGGAGGGAGCCCGCCGAGAGGCACCGGCCCUCCCGCUCGGCCGCCGCCGCUGCCCGUCGCCCCAUGGAGCUGUGCCCGGGGCACGCCGCGCCCUCGGGCUGGGCGCUGCCGCUCCUCCUCGCCCUGGGCGCCGGUCUCAGCCACGCCACGCCGCACCUGCGGUACACCCGACCGGGCUCCCGCAGCAAGAACUGGUGCGCCUACAUAGUGAACAGGAACGUGAGCUGCUCGGUGCUGGACGGGACGGAGAGCUACGUCCAGGCCCAGUACAAGUGCGCCUGGAACCAGUUCCCCUGCCAGCCCACCCCGGUAUACCGGAUGAGUUUCAGACCUCGAUACACAGUUGCAUAUAAGACAGUAACAGAGCUGGAAUGGAGAUGUUGUCCUGGGUACAAAGGGGAAGACUGCAGAGAAGGCCCAGCAGAAAACCCAAACACUGCUCGUCGUCCCACACCGCCAGUGAAAGCUGUUGUGAAGAAAGGCUUGGAUGCAGAACCAACAGAAGUACCAGAACCUCCACCAUAUGAGAAGAAAAUGCAGUUUCUUGAGGAUGAAUUGUUUAGACUUACACGAUCAGUGCUUGAACUUCAGUCCUCUGUGGCAGGUGUGAAUGAAAACCUGAAGCUGACUGUCCAAGAAGACGCUAGUAAGAUGUUGGUCACUUGGCUGAACAACCUUUAUGACCGCCCAGAGCCUGAUCACGCAGUUGGUGGUGAAACAGACACUAUUCAUCUGCCUGGGCUCCUCAGCAAUAAAGAUCAAAAAGACCCUUUUAUUGAUUUUGAAAUGGAAGACAUAAAGUCUGAGCUAGCUGAGGUCAAAGAAGCCUUGAAGAUGAGGAAUGACAAGCUGGAGGAACUGAAUGGAAAAGUAAAAGGCUAUGAAGGACAAUUAAAACAACUACAGGAGGCAGCACAAGGACCUACAGUAACAAUGCCCAGUGACAAUAUUUAUCAGGAGUAUAUAGACUCAAAAUUUGAGUCCCUUAGACAGGAAAUACUGGAAGGAUUUGAAAAGAAAAUGGCAGAUCUGAAGAACUCCUGUGAAUAUAAACUACAGGAUAUCCAGCAGCAGUGUGAUGACAAUGAAAAUAACUGUUUAGGAAUAAUUGAUGUUAUAAGAGGAAAAGAGAAUGACCUGAGGAAAGAAAUAAAUACUCUCCGAACUCAGAUUCCAUCAAACAAAUCCAGUUGUUGCAAAGAGGGCGAGAGAAAUGACUUUGACCAACAGAUAAAAGAUUUAGAUAAGAAGAUUGACAGAAUUGUGGAAGCACACAGGAUCUUGAAUGUCCGAAUAGAUAACGAAAUCAGUCGAUUGUCAACUCCAGAUCUAGAAGACAUGUUUGGUGAGAGGUUGGAGGAGCUAGAUGCGAGGAUGAAUGUUACAGAACGAAAUGCUGAAGAACAUUGCUUUUAUGUUGAGGAAACUCUCCGUGGUGCUAUAGCUGCUGAGGUAGACGAAUUGAGAGACUUGUUUGACCAAAAGCUGCGGGCACUAGAAGAUAGGCUAGGCGGCACCAUUUUAGAGAUCGCCAAUACCACAGACCCAGAUGGAAUGUAUAUUAAUCCUGGGCCCAUCUUGCCCAGUGACGCAGGGUUUGCAAGUGAGCAAUUUACAGCAGAGGUGAAUUUCCUGAAGAACAAAGUACUGUCGCUUGAACACCUCUGUGGGCAGAAAUGUCAGUCUGCACUACAAGGUACAGAGGACCUUCAGAAAGAACUAGAAAACUGUAACAACAGAUACAAUCACUUGCUUUUGAAAACAGAGAAUAAUUCUGUUCUCCUGCAGUCUCUAAAUAGUUCUCUUAAUGAGAAACUCAACUUAAUUAAGGGUAACCAACGUGACAUCCAGAAAAUGCAGAGAGAUGUACGUGUAUUCCGGUAUAGUCUAAAUAUCAUGGAUAAAGAUAUGAAAAAUCUUCAAGAUGGCUUGAGUAGCUGCAAGGAGCAGCUUCUGGGUGUCAAUUCUACCUGUAGAAAAACACAACGAGGUGUCUUCCGAAAAAUCGAUCAAAUGCAGAGGACAUUUGCAAAUCAAACUGCUCAUUCUAGUGAUAGUUGCUGUGGUGAAGUGAAAGAGAGACUAGAACAAUUGAAUGAUCAUAUCCUGGAUGAUCUUAGCAAGUGCAAGGAAAAGACUCAGGGUAUCCAGGAGGGUGUUUCAGAUGUUGAGAGCAGAGUCUCACGUGUUGAAAAAGUUUGCGGCAAGCUGGACUCCAUUUCAGGUAGCCUGCAAAAGAUAAAAGAAGGCCUGAAUAAGCAUGUGAGCAGCUUAUGGAAUUGCAUCCACGAAAUUAAUGGAACUGUGUCAUCUCAUUCCACUGAUAUUUCUGGCCUCAAGAAUUCUGUCCAGCAGUUUUAUAGUCAGGUCUCCAGAAUCACCACAGACAUUGAAGGCAUGCUGAAAUCUCAGCCUGACACAAGGCGAUCAGAAGUACCACGGCAACCGUUGCCACCAAGACCACCCCUGCAGCUCCAACCUGGCAUACCCCUGCUGCCAUCAAGGCCAAGGAUACAACCACCACGACAGAGGACCCCCCUCCAGCCACCGCAGCCCAGACUUCCUCCACGCCCAGCACUGCCAGGGUCAGGAGUUUUACCGUUUCUGCCUGGAACAACCGGGAUCAUCUUGGAGACUGGAGAGGCAGGGCCUCCUGGCACUGUUUUAAUGUCAGGAAGAGGGCGGCUUGGAAGUGUGGAUGGUCAGGCGGGUCAGAGUACCAUGCCCAUUGCUGAAGGGUAUGCUGGAGCACCAGGAUAUCCAAAGUUAUCUCCUCCUACCAUGGACUCACAAGGACCUGCUGCUGCGGCCUCUCUGGUGUCAUUUUCUGCUGGGCUGACACAGAAGCCUUUCUCCAGUGAUGUCGGCGUGGUUCACUUUAACAAAGUGCUUGUGAAUGAUGGGGACUAUUAUAACCCCAAUACAGGCAUUUUCACAUCACCCUAUGAAGGGCGCUAUCUGAUCACUGCUGUGCUGGCCCCAGAGAGGGACGAGUACGUAGAAGCAGUGCUGUCCGUCUCCAACGCAAGUGUGGCUCAGCUCCAUACAGCUGGGUAUAGAAGGGAACUGCUGGAGUAUCACAAACCCUACUCGGGGAAACGGACCUGUGGUGGUCCUGGGACGUUCCACCUUGUUCUUCACCUCAAAGCAGGAGAUGAAGUAAAUGUCGUUGUAACAGGAGGCAAACUGGCGUACACAGACUCUGACGAAAUGUACUCCACGUUUAGUGGGGUUCUCCUUUAUCCUUCCAUUUCUCAUGUUUAGAUUUACCUUGAACAGGAGAGAAGGGUAAGAUAUUCAGAAGAAAUUAAAUGUAAUAAAAUUCAAAGCUUUAAUAUAUUCUGUUUAUAUAUUUGAUUUCAGUGAUGGGUUUAUAUCUCUCUAUACUGAGACCUUUUCCUUGUCCCAUUUCCAGAGGUAGCUACAAAAGACAUGUUUCUGUAGCUAAAUUAACUCCUUCCCAAGCCCUUGUUUACUUGUACAAGCAAACAACUGUUCAAACAACAAAUACGAUUUUAUGAGAUACUUCUCCACUGUGCUCCUACUAUUACCUAUUAAAUUGUCUUUGCAGUUUUCUCCCUAGUUUUUUAAAUUGUCCCUAGUAUAUCAGAGUUUACAUCACUGCUGAAGUUUACAGUUGUGGUCAGCUAUUUUCAUGUUUUCAGUAAAGCAGGGCCAAGAAAGUGAAAUUGUAUUGACACGGUUGAUGACUUAUUAUUCCUUAUGUUAUUUAGUAUGUUGGGUCCAGUGAAUUCGCAUAAACAAUUUGCUCAAUGCAAUUGCUAACCAUGAUGGUUCAAAGCAAAAUGAUAGUCAUCUGCAUCAGUUACCUUUUUUCCUUUAAGGGCCAAACACAGUGCUAGAGACAAGAUGAAUGACUUAUUCCAAUCAAGUGGAAGCAGCCGGGCAGAGAGAAACUUACCUUGCCUCAGCUUGCCACCGGGCAGAUGUGAGUGUAAGGUGCAGUUGCUGCUACUGAAGGAUUUAGAACAGUUACUUUCAAUUGAUACGGUAAAAGAGAGGAUCAGUUAAGUAUGAUGCUCUUGAGAUUAUAGCUUGAAAUGAAUAAAACAGUUAAGAAAAAUGUCAAUUGUCUAUGCCUAGCUAGAAAAAUGGUAAUUCUGAAAUGUUUAAAAAAAUUCUACAAAGUUUGCUUCUGGCACUCUUACAGUAUUUGCAUUAAAAAGGAAGUUUUCCUUGUUGCAUUGUAGAAUACAAAUCAGAGGAAAAAUUGUUGAUAGAGGAGAAUAGUCUUAUUAGCCAAUACUGUCAAAUGCACAAACCAGCCAUCUGCACUGUCUUUGUUGUAGCAGCCUCCUGCAUUGGUGCCUUUGAGUGAGGUUUGUUUUAACACUCAUUGUCUGUUUAUAUGGGGAAAGCAACUUUUUUACCUUAAACAGAUUAACACAUUUGGGGCAACGGUAUUUUCUCGUACUAGCCACUUUGCAGUGGAGGUAACAAAAAUGGUGUUUUGGCUCUCUGAGCAUUUUGAUCUUUUUCAUGGCUGGAAAAAAAAAUAUAUCUAGCCACACUUUACUGAGAGCAGGACUGUUCAUUUGUCACCUAUGUAUUCUCAUGUAAACUGAUCCUUUUAAUAGCCUAUUUGUGCUGUAUAGAGCUGUAUUUAUCGUAGUGGUUUGUGUAGUAUGUUUUUCUUCUUGCAAAUGUAGAACAGCUGUUUAUGGCCUCAGAACAAAGAAUUCCUUUAGGUGAAGGAAGAACUCCCCAUGCUGUAAGCAGCACAGUAUGGUUAGGUGAAGCCCUUCCCAUCUGAGGAGGUCAGAUGAAGACUUACGCCUUUGUUACUUAGUUUUGGAAUAGAUAGUCCUCAAUAACUCUGUUUCCAGGCAAUGAAACAGGGCCUUCCCACAACAAACUGUCAGGUGGAAAAAGCUUUCCCUCUGCAGAGGAACUCUGAGUCAGUCCCUGUGCGGCUGGGAUUGCACGGGGGGAGCUGUGAGCACGGGAAGGAAAUUGUGAGCAGAGUUGUAAAGCACCUGGGUUUAAGAAGAGCUCUUGGCACCUGAUUUUGAGAAAUGACAGUGUUACGGCUAAGCAGAUAGGACUGGAUGUAUUUUGUAGCAGGGAAGGCUGUUCCUGUAAAAGCAGCUGUUAGUCAGCAGCCAAAGAUGUACAGUGAACUUGCAUUUCACAGCUUGAUAAAGGGAGCCACCGUCUCAUCUCCUGCACAUUUGUCUUGAUCUGUGCCAGCCUGUGAGGCAUUAGCAUGCAGUUAGGAACCACAUACUUGUUUACUUGUUCAAGGGGGGGGUAGUUUUCUUUUAUUCUAAAGCAACAGCCCCUUUCUGUCCCAUACCUUUCUAGGUCUCAAAGGUACAGACAGGAAGGAUUGUUUUCUGUGUUUUCAAAAGCCAAUUACAUCAACCACUUUUUUUUUUAAACAUAAUUUCUUAUUAUGUACAAAAGCCAGAGUCACUUUUCCUUCUAGAUUAUUUUCUCUCUCAAGAAAGUUGUGUUCUCCAAGAAGUUGGCUCCAGACUAUGUGUGACUCAAGUGUUGUCAGAUUAUUGUUGCCUGUUCUAAAAAUGACUCAUGGAAACAAACAAAAUGAACUGAGCGCUUAGGGAGACCUAGCUGGCAAACACAACCUCCCAUCUCCCGCAGCUGAGACAUUUUUAAGUAUCAGCAGAGCAAGUUUAGUGCUAUAGUUACAAAAGUUGUAUCAUCUAAUUCUUGCCUAACCGCUCUGGUAGAUGUCCAGAUCCAACCCACAAAUUUUCACGAGCCCAGUUCUGCUGAUGGGACAGGGCCAUCUCUUACCAGGUUUCUGCCUGUGCCCAGGAUCUGCUGCUGCUGAGAUUCUUUGAGCCCUCCUGAGGCAGCGUAACUGGUACUUGUACAUGGGUAUAAAGCAUUCACAAACCUGUCACAGCAGGGCCCGGUCUCAAUGGCAUAUUUUGAGGACACCUUUUAGAGUUUUUAGGGAUAGUUUCCCAUCCACCAUUUCUAGCAGCACAGUGGCUAAAGCUAUUGACAUUUUACAAAGAACCUCUGUCUUAGAUUCCUGCCUUUGUUGAGGGAGACUUGGCCCUUAAUUUCCACUUCCUUGGUAAUUGCUGUAACCAGGGUAGGUGGCUUAGUUCCUCCUAAUGAGAUUAUUUUCCUGGAGCCUACAAGGUGGAAUAAUCACCCAGCUGGGAAGACCACAGCGCUGUAGCUCCUGAAUAGCAGAGGGGGGAACCCGAGUUCCAGUCUCUGCUCCAGCUUGGAUAAAACAUUCAUUAAAGCAGUAGCUGAAGCACAGAUGCGUUCAUGGGCCUGCUGAGGGUUUGCUCCAUACAGGACAGCCCAGCUUCUGGAAGGAAGGAGCAAGAGCCCUACUCCAGAAUAUCCUGAACCCACUGUUGGAGCAUUUAUAUCUUCGAUCUUAACAUCUCUUCACAUCUUCAUCUUAAACAGAACAAGGAAAUGCCUGUACUGAAAGGAACAUUUCACACUGUGGGUUCAUGAUUUGACCACCCCAUCCAAGAUCAUCCACUGGUUUAAAUAGGAAGCAUCUGUUAACCAAGAAAGCCUUAAAAAAACCACCCUGUAAAUGGGAGCCGAGGCUGGUAUGCUGCCUGUUUCAAAAAUCACAGUACUACCUUUUAGAGCUGCUUUGUAGGUAGCUUUGUAAUGCAGUGUAUAAGGACUGCGAGAUUCUUUAGCAAAACAGCAUCUGUUGUGCCAGGUUCUCCCAUUUGACCUCAAAACAGGAAGAAAACCAAACCAUACCAGGUGAAGUACAGACGUGUCUGACAGCCCCUUAGCUAGGCAUGAGGCAUGAUUUCUCAGGGACUGUCCAAAUAUCAAGACCAGCAGAGUCUCCAAGGCAGCAUUGCUUGCGGGACAGGUAAGUUCCCACAGCUAGGUCAUCUGAAGACAAGCCAGCGUGCUGACAGCCAGAGAGGCUCUGCUCUGGGCAAACAUGUGAGGCGUAUCCUAGAGCAGUAUGGAAAAAGGCAAAAAAGGGACGUGUAGAUCAAUUGUAUCCCCAGGAGAGCUUGGAGCAAAGCUGGAAUAUCCAUCACAAAACAUGUCAAAAAAACCAAACCAAACAAGCUACCUCAUUAUUUUAAUUUGCUACUACGACUUCACACACCGUGGAGACAUUUCUAUACUGACCACUCAACACAAUGAGGAUUUUCUGUGUCCUUUCAAUGUAUGCCAGGUUACUUGCAGUUUUUGUGCAGUUUCACUGAGAGACUCUAGUCAGCUUGGUGAGGCCAACCAGCCAGUCAAGAAAAUUUACAGUCGAAGGAAAUAGAGUAAGCUGUAAAUGGAAAGCAUAGGGAGGCAACUUGAAACAAAACGCCCACCACCUCCCAAUACAGCUUUAAAAUGCACUGGGAACGCAAGGUAAAGGGCUCCUCAACUGCAACCAGGAGAUUCAAAUCAGGAUUAAAUUGUUUCCUGAGAAUACAUCAUGCAUUUGGAAGUGAGUUUUAUCUGCUGAGUCCUUAUGUUACGGCCCAGUAGUGGAUAUGGACCUAUUUCACCAGAACUACAAAUGCACUUAGUCUCAGCUUGGAGAUGGGAAGAAUAUGCGCUCCACUGAGACUUGAUCAGCAGGUACGCUUGGGCUGCUAGUUGCUCCCUGGUAAUAGCAUAAAGUUCAGAUUGUCAAGUUACCAGGAACACCUGGGGGCUAUGUCCUGUCAUCACAAGACAGACUUGCACUCGAGCCAGCACCAACAACGUACCCUGCAGACUGCAGAAGGAACAGCUCUGCCAGCCCUUUGUGUAUGGGAGACUUCAAAGAACAUCUUGUAACAUGCUACUACAGAAGCAGGUUUUGACCUUCAUCCAUUUUGUUAUCUUGAUUGUGAACAAGGGAAUAUUACUGUAAUUUUUCAGCAAAAAGAACAGCGCGUUUGAGAGUAUGCUUUAGGUGUGCAUGUGUAUACAUAUGUUCAUGUACAUAUAUAGAGAGGGAGAGUAAUAUCGAGGAAUAUGAAGAAAAUUGUGUGGUGGAAAACAACUGCGAAUAUGUCCAAAUAAAGCCUACCUGUUGUGUGA